AUGAAAAGUAACAUAUGGAUAGCAGCUGCAGACAAUGAAAUUGAGCAGGUUUUACAGUAUUUGAAUAGCGGACAAUAUACAGCCAAUUCUAAAGACGAAAAUGGGUACACACCAAUCCACGCUUCAGUGAGUUAUAAUAAUAUAGAGUUGUUACGGUUGUUGAUCAACAAGUAUAAUGGAGAUAUAAACAUCCAGGAUAACGACGGCGAUACACCAUUGCACCAUGUGGAGGAGUUGUCUAUGGCGAAAGUUGUGGUUGAAGAGUUUCAUGCCAAUUUGGGGACCAAAAACAACGAAGGACUCAGUCCAGUCGAGUACAUUGAAAACGAGAUGGAAUAUCCAGAGAUCGUGGACUAUUUGAGGUCCUUGGGUGACCAGAGCCAGCAGGGCAGCAGCCCGGGCUCCAGCGAAAUGGCAGCCAGCGAGCAGCAGUUGGUGAACGAAAUGGCCAGCCAGGUUCGGUACUCGUUUGAGCACAUGGAGGACGCCAACAUGUCCAGCGAACAGCGACAGCAGUUGGAGGCCAUUUUGCUGAGCGAACACCCUGAGGAGCAGCUCCGGCAGCACAUCCAGGGCCUUGUGCAU